GUGUGAACUGCAAGGCAGGAGGGUGCCUUUUCAAGUAGUCAAGGGGCUUCAAAUCUGGAAUAGCAUUCGUGGUCAUUUCACAAAUGCCAAAAUAGAACGUACUGGCAUGCCAAGUUUCAAUUUUGUCCAGCUUCCUUCUGUAGCAGGCUGUAUCGUGGUCAUGCAAGCAGUAGUGUGUUGAUCGUGCCCUGUAGCAGAUGCGUUCCAUUUAGCAUAACCUGGAAUGAGUGCCUGCUUUCAAAGAAAUCAGUCAUACAAUGCUAGCUAUGUGCACACAAAUGAGGAAGACAUUUCACAAAGGCCACAUUGAAAUGAUGCCCUAUCUUGUCUGAGUGCAAACAGUUGAAGAGAAUAGUGUGCAGUUCUAAAGCUACAUUGAUUAUUCUGCAUUUUAUCCUGAAAGGCUCUAGGCAUGUUUUAUGUUCUGUAGCUGAGUGUUGCUUACACUUCCCCAAAGAAUUCAGUUCCCUUGUCUGUCAAACAACAGUAGAGAACAAAGUAGUGAACCACUUGAGAAAUCACAGUGCAUGUACAUGAAUUAGAAAUCAGAAUAAUUUCUGUUUGGUUUGUCCCUAUGCUGAAUGCAAAAUAAUGAAGAUCUAGUUCCGAAAAAAGCAACACGAAGUUUGCAGAGGAAAUGUAAACAAGUAACUCAUAAUUCUUUUAUGCUCUUUCAGUUGUAUUAAAUAAAAAAAAAAAAAGCAGGAUGAGAAGCCCUCUUCAUUAACAUUCUUAAUUGAGAAAUGUGCUGAAAUUCAAACUGUGGGGAUGAUGAUUCAGCCUCGCUACUGACUGGAUUUUGUGGGAAUGUGUAGAAGCUUUUUGCCCUUUAACUGUGAAAGAUAUUGGAUGUUUGCAGGAUUUAAUAAGAGAUUUAAUAAGACUUUAAGAAACCAGAGUGAAUCCAUACUGUGUAUCUUAUUUUUAACCAACCCCAGGCAUUUUUGGCUGGUAAAAUAUACAUCACCAUCAUCAGUCUCAACAAAACCCUUUUUUUUUAUCUCAUUGCUCUAAGAUUCAGUGUUGAGAACAGAGGAAGGAGUCUGGAUUGAGGUGUCUGUGGAUGUACUGCAUUCAUGUUGAUCACAGCUGUUUGCGUAGCGAGGUGUAUCUGAACCUUCUUUUAUUGCCAAGAGUGAAGAUCGUUUGUUUAAACGUUUAUUUGAGGACUAUCAAAGAUGGGUUCGUCCAGUGGAACACUUGAAUGACACAAUAAAAAUCAAGUUUGGUCUUGCAAUCUCUCAGCUAGUAGAUGUGGAUGAGAAGAAUCAGCUGAUGACCACAAACGUCUGGCUGAAACAGGAAUGGAUAGAUGUAAAAUUAAGAUGGAACCCUGAAGAGUAUGCUGGAAUAACAUCUAUUCGUGUCCCAUCGGAUUCUAUUUGGAUCCCAGACAUUGUGUUAUAUGACAAUGCAGAUGGACGUUUUGAGGGGACGUCUACUAAAACUGUGGUAAAAUAUGAUGGCACCAUUGCUUGGACUCCACCAGCAAAUUACAAAAGUUCUUGUACUAUUGAUGUAACCUUCUUUCCCUUUGACCUCCAAAACUGCUCUAUGAAAUUUGGUUCCUGGACUUACGAUGGCUCCCAAGUUGAUAUAAUUUUAGAAGAUUAUGAUGUUGACAAAAGAGACUUUUUUGAUAAUGGAGAAUGGGAAAUAGUGACUGCAACAGGGAGCAAAGGAAAUAGAACUGAUGGAUGCUGCUGGUAUCCCUUUGUUACAUAUUCGUUUAUAAUUAGACGUUUACCUCUUUUUUACACGUUGUUUCUCAUCAUUCCUUGCAUUGGACUUUCUUUUCUAACUGUCCUCGUCUUCUAUCUUCCUUCAAAUGAAGGUGAAAAAAUUUCCCUUUGCACUUCAGUCCUGGUAUCUCUGACUGUUUUCCUUCUUGUCAUUGAAGAGAUUAUUCCAUCGUCUUCUAAAGUUAUCCCACUUAUAGGAGAAUACUUGGUGUUUACUAUGAUAUUUGUGACACUGUCCAUCGUGAUAACUGUCUUUGCUAUCAAUAUUCAUCACCGCUCUUCGUCUACACACAACGCCAUGGCACCUUGGGUUCGCAAGAUAUUUCUUCACAAACUUCCCAAGCUGCUUUGCAUGAGAAGUCAUGUAGAUAGAUACUUUGCUCAGAAGGAGGAAAAAGGAAAUACGAGUGGAUCAGAGUCAUCCAGAAACACCUUGGAAGCUGCUCUGGACUCUAUCCGAUAUAUCACAAGGCAUGUUAUGAAGGAGAAUGAAGUUCGUGAGGUUGUUGAAGACUGGAAAUUUAUUGCUCAGGUGCUUGAUCGAAUGUUCUUAUGGGCCUUUCUUCUGGUUUCAAUAAUUGGAUCACUUGUGUUAUUUAUUCCUGUUAUUCAUAAAUGGGCAAGUAUAAUAGUACCUGUGCAUAUAGGCAGUACAAAUACAUAAUUUUGGAUCUCCUGCUAACAUCAUUCUAAAAAGGUUUGGUAGUAUUAAGUUUCCAUGCAUGUUCUUUGUAGGCACGUUUCUGAUAGGAAAAAAAAGUACAGUCCUAAACUUAACAAUUGUGAUGUUAAAGCAUGGCACGUAGGACUCACAGAAGUCAAUCUGCUUAGUGCCAGUCUAUUAAGAUACUUGGACAUCAGGUCAAAAUCAAAGACCUUUGCAAAUAUCUGCAUGUGCGUGUUAGAAGCAGUACAUACUGACACCUACUGAGAAGGAGAAGGAUUGAGAUUUCUUAAUGAAGAUCACUGUAGUCCCAUUAUUAAGUUACUGUGGAAAAUAUUAUAUUUAUUGUUAAAUUUUUGCAGAUGCUUGCACAAUAGAGUUGUAUUUCAUCUUAUUAUAUUAUGCAAAUGAGAACUUGUAUCUACACAGUAAAUGAAAAAUUAUAAUAGAAACAUCACUUGAACUUCCUUUCUUUUCAGCAGACAAUAAACAGAGCAUUCUGACUGCGUUAUGCCUCUAUAAAUUUUCAGUGGCAUUUGCUGCUAAACUUAAAAUCUUGUUAAUUCUACCAUACUAAUGUGACCCUGUGAUAUACUGAGCCUUAAAAUGCUUACAGGAUACGUGAGUAUUGACAUCUCUGUGUCAGCUAUAUCUCAUAUAUGUACAUUUAAAAUUAACAAUUAAUAAUAAUAAAAUUAUUUACUCUAAACUAUAUUAAUUAAAUAAUGGGUGUUAAUUUUCAAAUUGGUUCCAGUGCUGCUAUUCUUAAAGGUUUUAUUUCUGGCAGAGACUCUAGAAGAGAAUGUUUUUCCUACACGUUAGGUUUUGUCAGUUUCUUUGUUCCUUCACAACACAGCUGAUUCCAGCAGGGCUCAUGUGCAGCCUUUCAAGUCCCCUGCACAGGGAAAUGAUGCCAACUAAUCUGUAAAAACCUGCUGUUAUUUUUUUACCAAGUCAUAAAUAAUUCUGGUUGGAAAAGAAACGACUCUUCCUCUUCAGUUCCACAAUUCCAUCUAGUGUUAGAUAUCAGUAUUUUCUGCUUUCCCAUCAUAAUUUAUUUUAAAAGUGAAUUUGCAGUCUGAUUUAAUCCAUUAGUACAACAACUUUUUCAGUAUCACUAAUAUCAAUGCAUCAGAAACUGUGUGAAAAUUGCAGAAGUGCUUUGGGCAUCUUGUUUCCUUUCCAAAUGCAAAGUUUCUUUUUAUAGUCCUUCUUAGCUGUGAAUUACUUCCUACAGUUUACCCUUAUCAGAAAGGAAAACAAAGCAGGAUAUUAGCCAUGUAUCUUUUUAGCUCCCCUCCUGCACCUUGUUCAAUAAUGUCUGAAGACUCUUAUUUAUAUCAUAGGGUAAUUGGCAGUGUGGCCAACAGAGUUCUAGCCUUUAUACUAGUAACUAGCAAUUUCUGUAAAUGCAUGAAGUUCUUUCAGUUGUUUCUUUAAUCAGAUCACGAUGUCUGUGGAUGAAAAAGAUAUGUUGGAACCCUCGGGGUUUUCAGCUCAUCCUCAGGUGUGUGUGAAAUGAAAUUAUUUUUAAUAGACUCAGAAGCAUGGGCCUUUACUUAUGUAACUCCUUUCUGAAUGUGCUGAGAUGUAACUAC